UAUAUAUAUAUAUAUGUAUAUAUUAUAUUUUAUGACACUAAGAUUGCAUAGAAAAAUAACCACGUAUGCUGUUCACGUGGUAUAAAAUUACUGGCACUUGGACAUAAUUAUAAGCAUAGUGUCAAUCUUUCAAGAAAGUCAUUUUAACAAGAACAUUGAAACGUUUAUCAAAUAAGAGUAAAGAGUAAAAUUUAAAUUAUUUAAAAAUUAGUCGUAUAAAUAACAUAAUAUAACUUUCGUCUAGCACAAUCGGACAAAUAUUUUUUAACCAUCAAACAGUGAUAUGAAAUAGAUUUUGGUCUAGAGAUACAUCGCUGUCGUCAUAAACCUGAACAUAUCAUUCAUAUUGGCUAAAGAUAUGAUGAAAUAAUUGUCAUUUCAUAAAAAUGUGGACAUACUAUAGUCUUUAUAAUAUACUGUGUAUCAUAGUUAUAGUGUAUGGGCAUGAUUUCAGAAAUUUUGAUGAUACUGUUCUUUUUAAAAUCAACUGGCCGGGUAAAGCUAGUUCGGAUUUAUUGGAGUCUAGAACAAAUGUGGAACCUUAUAUUAUAACAACUGCAAAUAAAGAACAAUAUCAAUGUUUAAUAGUUGAUAAUUCAGAGCAAGAACAAGAUUAUAAUGAACCAUACAGUGGACCAAAUCCAAUAGAAAUUUUAUCACCACUAUUUAAACAAAACACUUGUUCUUACAGAGUUGAAUCUUAUUGGUCGUAUGAAUUAUGCCAUGGACGAUAUGUACGUCAGUAUCACGAGGACAGAGAUGGAAAAAAAGUGAAAACACAAGAGUAUUAUUUAGGUACUUUUGAUAAAUUACAAGAGUUAAAGCUUUUGGCUGAAUAUACCGAAGGAGAAGAGACUAGGAAAUCAGAUAUACCAGUUAAAAAGGUUGAUGGAAUCAAUAUGCCAUAUGUUGAAAUUGAAAUGGGUGAUGGCACAGUUUGUGAUCUAACUAAUAAACCACGAAAGAUAAAAGUUCUUUAUGUUUGUUACCAACAUGGAAAGCACGAGUUGUUUUCAUUUGAAGAACCUUCUAGUUGUGAAUAUGAAGUUAUUGUCCUUUCACCUUGGCUAUGUAGUCAUCCUGACUAUAAGCCUCAAGCUACAGGGGAAAAUGAAAUCAAUUGUCAUCCAAUUGAGAAUGCACCAAAGAAGCCUAGAUCUCUUGUUGCGAUGGAAAUGGAAAGUCUAAAACUUCGAUAUCAAAAAGUAACGGAUGACAAGCUGCAGGAAGUCUAUGCAAUCUUCCAUGUAGAUAAGGAGGGCCAGGUCAGAAUAUUUUGUAUUUUUGGGAUCAGGCCAAAGUGCUUGAUGGACGGUGAAGCACGUGUUAGAGUUGAAAUACAUCCAGUCGGUGUUAUUGAUAAACAUAAUAAUAUUGAAGAUUCCAUAAAUUCAUUAGCAGAUCAAGGUAUUAGUCCAGCAGAAGUGAAUCCCGUAAAAAACUUCCUAAGCGGAAAAAAUUGUUUACAUGGAGGCAAUGGAUGGUGGAAGUACGAAUUUUGUUACGGACGCUCUGUGGUUCAGUACCAUAUAGAACGCGAUGGUAAAAAGACCAUAGUAAAUCUUGGUAAAUUUGAUAAACAGAAACAUUUGGAGUGGAUUGGUGCACACCCACAUAAGAAACUAAAGUCUCCAGAAUUGCGGAAACAACUUUUUCAUUUUUAUAGCGAUGGUACUAUUUGUGAUAAAACUGGCAAUCCAAGACAAACGGAGGUGAAAUUAAAAUGUGUUGAAAGUCAUACGGCCAGUCCAUCGAGUGUUUCUCUUUUUCUAGUCGAGCCAAAAACAUGCGAAUACGUUCUAGGUGUGGAAUCGCCACUGAUCUGUGAUAUUUUAGAAUAUGCCGAUGAAAAUGGGCUUCUUAAUGAAAAAUUUGAUGUAAAUUUCGAGAAACUGAAAACAACCGCUUUUCACGAAUAUGACGAUUUGGACGAAAGGAUAGCAAACGGAGACGAUUAGAAUGUCAUUCAACUUAUAGAUAUUAGUUGUGAAACAAAAUUUCUAAUGAUAAAAAAAAAUAACAGUAUUAACAUUUAACAGGCACAUUGCAUUUACUUUCACUAAAUUAAAUAAAAAGAUUCGGACUUUUUUUAUUACUCAAUAUGUGUCAAUAUACAAAUCUUAUGCCUCAAAAGUUUUCAGACAUUUUAUAAUACAUAUAUAAACAUAACAAUUGUUUAAAACAUAUAAUGUUGUUAAUACGUUAUCAUGAAUUAUUGAGCCACAGAGAUUGUAACAUUUGCAAAAACAUUUUCACUCUAAGAUUUUGAAAGGAAUAAUUACAAUCCCCUAUAUUAAUUUCUAUACUAUUGAAUUAUUUCCUACCAUUCGCGUGACAAACCACAUCAUUGAUUGCUUAUCAUUGUCCGAUGUUGAGGCCAACCCCCACACGAAAUUGCUGCUUCUUAUGAUUUAAAAGCGCGCUAAUAACUAGCGAGGAUUCUGGAAUUGGGUAUAGUUUCUUUUCAAACACACCACCAACUGUAGUCUCGGAAUUUACGAUACCGCGGAAAACAAGAUCUGCGUACGGUACAUUUACUUGGUAAACUAUAGUAGCGAUUGAUUGAUGAGUUCUCGUAUUUGUUUCUAACUCGACUCCGAGUUCCAAUUGCGAACUAGCUUUGCGAUGAUAGCAAAGAUGAAGACCCGCUUCACCUAUCGUUCCGGAUAAUGUCGUAGGUCCUGUACUAUAUCUAAAAGCCAUGCACAUAAUUGUCUGUUGACCACCUGGAAUCUUCGAGCCACGAAGGCAAGCAAUCUCGGCUCCUAACGCGAUUCUCGACGUGAUCGAUUGUAAAAAGUGUAUUACUACUGUUCCUUGCCUUUUUGUAAGCUUUGGGUUGGCUAAGGUCACCGCUACCGUAAAAUCAUUCGAGCGAUACUCCAAGCUGGAACUUGAUGCUUUCCAUUUCCCGUCGGCAAUUUGCGCCGAUAAUUUAUAUCUAAAUCUACAUCCAAGAGUAUGUACAAACGACGCAGUCAAAUUCCCAUUUGGCGUGAUAUCUCCGACGACUAUGGGAUAUCUUUCUUUCAAACUGACCAGUUUUGUACCAAUGUACUUUGCGCCGAACUUAUAUCCAGACGGUGUAACGGAACUAAGAGUUAUUGAAUGCGUUACGUUAAAAUGGUCACUAAGGAUUUUGUUGAUGACGAGUCGCGCACCUUCGAAGUUCUGCGGAUAAAGAUCUUUAACCUUCUUAUGUAUUUCUUCGAAACUUCCUGGAUUUCCUGGCGCUUUGUCUUGCGGUUCUCUGCAUGGUAUACAAUCUUCUUCUUCGUGGGUUACUAUGUUUGGUUCUUCCUGUAUUUUUCUCGAUGCAUGUAUUGUACCCAUUGUAAUACAUUAGGCUUUUUUAAAGCACAGUUGGAAAAUUUUCUUCGAGCACUUCUUAAUUUUAUGCUGGC